UCAAGUCUCCUCCUCCUUUUACGAAAUCGUUUACCAACACCUUAUAGCGACCCAGAUGCUGAGUCACUUGAUUUGUCGUCUGGCCUCUGCUUCAUUACGAUCUCAUCCCUCAAAAAUCUCAGCUUUACAGUUUUCCACAACGAUCUCAGCCGCUGAGAGACUAUACGACCAUCUUCAGGGAUGCACAACUAAUCUCGAGAAGGAACUAGCCUCGGCUAAGGUGAAAUUGGAGUCUUCUUGUAUCAACGAGGUAAUAAGAAGAUGCCAUCCAAAUCAAUUCCAAUUGGGUCUUAGAUUCUUCAUAUGGGCAGGAACUCAAUCCAGCCAUAGACACAGUCCUUACAUGUACAGUAAAGCUUGCGACUUUCUUAAGAUUAGAGCAAACCCAGAUUUGAUUAAGGAAGUUAUUGAAGCUUAUCGGAAAGAGGAAUGUUUUGUUAGUGUUAAGACGAUGAGGGUUGUUCUAACUCUGUGUAAUCAAGCGAGACUUGCUGAUGAGGCAUUGUGGGUAUUGAGGAAGUUUCCUGAAUUCGAUUUAUGCGCUGACACUGUUGCCUAUAACUUGGUGAUUAGGUUGUUUGCUGAUAAGGGAGAUUUGGAUAUGGCUGAUAUGUUGAUGAAAGAGAUGGAUUGUGUUGGUCUUUAUCCAGAUGUGAUUACUUAUACAUCAGUGAUCAAUGGGUCUUGCAAUGCGGGUAAGAUUGAUGAAGCUUGGAAGUUGGCUAAGGAGAUGAGUAAGCACGAUUGUGUUCUUAACACCGUGGCAUAUUCGAGGAUUCUAGAAGGAGUUUGUAAGUCUGGCUCUAUGGAGGCAGCGUUAGAGUUGUUGGCUGAAAUGGAGAAAGAAGAUGUUGGUGGAUCAAUUAGUCCGAAUGCGGUUACUUAUACUUUGGUAAUUCAAGCGUUCUGUGAGAAGAAGCGGAUUAGUGAGGCGUUGUUGGUAUUGGAUAGAAUGGGAGACCGAGGAUGCACGCCGAAUCGUGUUACUGCUAGUGUUUUGAUUCAGGGGGUUUUGGAGAACAAUGAGGAUGUUAAGGAUCUUACUAAGGUGAUUGAUAAAUUGGUGAAACUUGGCGGUGUUUCUCUUUCCGAAUGCUUUAGUUCAGCUACUGUGUCGUUAAUCCGUAUGAAAAGAUGGGAAGAGGCAGAUAAGAUUUUCCGUCUGAUGUUGGUCCGCGGGAUUAGACCUGAUGGUCUUGCGUGCAGUCUUGUUCUCAGGGAAUUAUGUUUAUUGGAAAGGUAUCUCGACUGUUUCCUUCUGUAUCAAGAAAUCGAGAAGGCCGAUGUGAAAUCAACAAUAGACUCAGAUAUACACGCGAUUCUUUUGCUCGGUCUCUGCAAACAGGGGAGUUCUUGGGAAGCUGCUAAGCUUGCGAAAUCGAUGCUCGAUAAGAAAAUGAGAUUGAAAGUUUCUCAUGUUGAGAAAAUCAUUGAAGCAUUGAAGAAAACUGGUGAUGAAGAUCUCAUGCGUCGUUUCUCUACUGAUUAAUUUGAUUAUUCAGAUAGGGUUAUAUAUAUUCAUAUAAGGAUAAGAAUUCUUGUUCUAAGCUUGUUUGAUAUUGCAUAAAUUAGUGUAGCAAUUGAGGUAUGUGCUAUUUCUAAGGA